AUGUCCGAGAAGGGUGCGAAGAUCUUCAAAACCAAGUGCUCCGCGUGCCACACGCUCAAUGCCGGAGGCAAUUCGAAGCAGGGCCCGAACCUGCACGGCAUCUUCGGCAACCAGCCCGGGCAGGUCGGCGACUACUCCUACAGCGGCGCGUUUAAGGACAAGACCGGCGAGAUGGUUUGGGACGACGCGACCAUGCACGAGUGGCUCAAGGCGCCGAAGAAGUUCAUCAAGGGCACGAAGAUGAUCUUCGCGGGCAUCAAGAAGGAGAAGGAGCGCAACGACCUCGUCGACUACCUCAAGAGCGCGACGCAAUAG